UCCGGACUCGAUUUCCCGUCAUGCAUUUGGCAUGCGCUUUACACUACAGCAGACAGACAGGAUUUAGGGGUUUGUCAAAAGCGGGCUAAUUCAUACCAUCUCCACAAAUAUGUGGUGCUAAUCGUGUUUUUUCUUCGUUCGUAUGUCUUCGACGGUUGCUUGGGAUUUUUCAGAUUUCCAGAAACGAUGAGGUGGUGCCACAGCUCCCUCCUGCACCUGCUGUGUUGCUUGCGUUUGCGAGUGUGCACCAGGAAAUGCCGGUUCCGGCCGCCCAUGCUUCUGCGGGAGCUGUGGGCCUACGUGAAGCUGGUGCUUCAGUCUCUCCAAUACAACUCCCUCACUAACUCCGAUGUGGUCUUUGACUCGGUAUUCGAACCCGUCUUCUGGACAGUCGACCGCAUUACCCGAUGGUUUGGGAUGGUGUUUGUGUGUCUGGUGGUGGUCCUGACCAGCUCUAUCCUGGUGAUCUGCUACAUGAUCCUGCUACCCAUGGUCUUUGCCACCUACCAUCCAGCGUGGAUCACGUGGCACCUCUUUUACGGGCACUGGAACCUGGUCAUGAUCAUCUUCCACUACUACAAAGCCACCAAGACAUCCCCGGGAUACCCUCCUAUAGUGAAAAAUGACAUUCCAUUUGUGUCUGUCUGUAAGAAGUGCAUCAUUCCUAAACCAGCCAGGACACACCACUGUGGCAUUUGUAACAGGUGCAUUCUGAAAAUGGACCAUCAUUGUCCCUGGUUGAAUAAUUGUGUGGGCCACUUUAACCAGCGUUACUUCUUCUGCUUCUGCCUGGCCAUGUCCAUGGGCUGCAUGUACUGCAGCAUCAGUGGCAGGAACCUCUUCCUCGACGCGUACAAUACUCUAGAGCGCUUUAAGCAUAUGGACGGGGAGAGGCCAGGGGUGCCCGUGACUGGGAUGGGGCUUCUCAUAGGGAUCUUACCUUCCGGGCAGGUACACAAGACUCACACUUGCACACACUCACACUCUGACACUCUUGGGUUGGAGCCAUUAUUAAUGUUCUUUUCUUCAUCCAAGACCAACUACCAAACCCCCUCACCCCCCUACACCUUCAGGGACAGGAUGGUCCAUAAGAGCAUCAUCUACAUGUGGGUCCUUACCAGCACAGUGGGCGUGGCCCUGGGAGGCCUUACCGUCUGGCAUGCGGUCCUCAUAUCCAGGGGAGAGACCAGUAUCGAGAGACACAUCAACUUCAAGGAAACCAAGCGGCUAGCCAAGCGGGGAAAGGUUUAUAAAAACCCUUUUAAUUAUGGAAAGUUGAACAACUGGAAGGUAUUUCUGGGCGUUCAGAAGAGAAGCCACUGGUUGACCAGGGUCCUCCUUCCCUCUGGACACAACCCCCCGGGCGACGGUCUGACCUGGGACGUCCUCCCCUUCAAGAGGGACACCGUCCCCGUGUGACCACCUGACCGGCGCUCCACUCCGUACCACUCCCGGGGGUCGCGUUGAACAGCGAGGCGCGCUGUGGGAUACAGGGGGAGGCGUUCGGCUGUCUCCUCAACAACGUGCUGCGGAGGGGCUUGCGUUGUUUUAACCGUCUGAGGAGGGGACUGAGUGGGGAUACUCUGGGUCUGAGAGGAGGGCCUCCGUCCCUUCUUGUGCGUUGAGGAAAUCACAGAUUCUUGUCUGCUGACUCACGUAUCAUUAGACUGAACACAGACAAAACCCACAAUUUGUGAUUUUUUUCAAGUUAAUAUCUCGAGAGCUUUAUAUGAGAGGACGCUGGCCAAAGGAGGAGUCAAAUGGACCCUUCCAUGUCUCUGUACAUUGACAUUGUGACCCUUAAAAAAAAACAUUCCCUUUCCCCAUCCACAUCAUAACUUUAUCAUUUUGUUUUUUGUACUCCCAACACGUACCAAAACACAUAUCGGUAUUUUUUUGUAUUAAACUAAAGUAUGUGCAUAAAUUAUUUUUUCAAGCAGUAGAUGUUGUCUAUUUUAAGUUACUACAAAGCAAGACUAUGUAUUUGGUCACUUUUUUUUUUUCUGCUUGAAGCAUCAAAACCCAGUACUGCUAUGCAAUUAUGUCAUUGGAGACUGGAUGAGGAUUAACUGGUAUUUAUUUGGUUAUCUGCAAAAAAUAAUCUCCAGAUUACUGCAAAUAAAACCUAAACUGAAAGAAUAAGCAGAUAGACGGGUAAUAUCAUCCAAAAUG